AUGUCUGUGAGGAACUUAAAAAGCAACGGUCUGCUUAGGCUAGAAAGUAAGAGCGUCGAUAAGAUGGACGCGAAUAACAAUCUCGUAAAAAAAAGCGCCAAUGUAAAAAUUGUGAGGAAGAAAACGGAUGGACAAAUUGACAGGACCCUGACGGGCACCGUUCCCCCGCCUUCUGCGGGGGACAAGGUAGUGAGGAGGAAGGUCCUUAAGAAGGCUCAAGAAGGGGGAACCACCGCUGUGAUGAACGCAGGGAGCAUAGGGAAUGAUGGCAGAACAGGGAACUAUGGUAACACAGGAAACGAUGGCAGCGCUGCUAACCUGGCGGAAUCAACCAUGCGGAAGCAGGAUGAAAAAAAGGGUUAUGUCGUCCGGAACACCGCCGCGAAGUUUAGUGUGAGGCCGGGGAAGACGAACGAGGCUGCACAGAGGGAUCACCUCCUUGGGGAAGAUGACGAGGGGAAUGGAGAGGAAAGUCCGAAGGGGAACCUCGACUAUGACGAUGUUGGCAGUGGUAACGGUAACAGCAAUGGCAAGGAUUACCAAGACAAUAAUAGCCCCGCUGGCGAUGACGCCCCCCCUUCUCAUGGUGCGAAAAAAAUUCUGAAGAAGAAAAAACCCACUGAGAGGGAGCCAAACCGAAGCAACCCUUACCCAAAUGAUUCCAUUCGUGGAACUCAAUUUGAGCAUGCAGGCAACCCCAACGGAAGGAGCGACAAAAGCGAUAAGGUAGAAGACGACUCGGAAAAUGAAAUCCUCAAUUCAAUUAUCAGCAAAAAUGACGAGUCUGCCUUAGCAGAACCACCCAAGGAGGUGAAAAAGAAAAAAAAAACAAUUAUUGUCCGGAGAAAGGUACCCAUAAGUGAGAAAUUAAAGAGUGCUGAGAAGGGUAACAGCCAGCCCCUUGGGGUGCAAACAACUCCUGGCGGACGGACACCUCGCGGCGCCACGACGAUCACCACCAACAAUAGCAGUGGUGGAAACAGUUUCCAACCGAACGAAUGCUGCGAACAGAUGGUGAAUGAAAUAAAGAUGAACGAAACGAAACUCGCAGAAAUGCAACACACGCAUGAGGAAAAAAUGAACAGCAUGGUAGAAGAAAACAAAAAAGACAAAGACAAGCUGAACACGUACAUACAAAAUUUAAACGAAGAAAUGCACAAUAUAAAUAAUAAGCUCUGUGAUGAGAUGAAGGAAAAAGAUACUCUAAAGGAAAGUUAUGAAAAUUUACGAAGUGACAAAUUAGAGUUGGAAGAAAAAUUUGACAUUUUAAAAAGACAGAUAGAAGAAUCAAACGAAAUGUCCACUCUCCUGAAUGAAAAAGUUGCCACUCUGGAAGAGGAAAAUCAAAUGCUACUGGAUAGGGACCAACAAAAUGAACUAAAAGUUGAGCAACUGCAGAGUGAGAAAAUAAAAAUGGAGAAAAAAAUGGAAGAACAGAAUGUUAUAAUCAAAAAAAAGGACGAACUUAUAAACAAGUACAUGAGCGAAAUAGAGAAUUAUAAAAACGUGUUGAAGAGCAAGGGAGAAAUGAUGAUCCUUGGUAGUUCCACCACCAUCGAUAAAAGCAUAGCAGACAAAAACAGCCAAAAGGAACAGCUAUCCAAACUGAUAAAGGAAAAAAAGGAACUCAUUUAUGCCUUCAAAAAACAGCUAGAUUUGAUAGUAAUCCUCAAAAAGCAAAUAAGCCUUCUCGAAAACAACAAAAUUGUCACUAUGACUUCUGGCGAGCUUAAGAAGGUGCUUCACGAUUGA